AUGACAUUCUAUGAUGGCAUUUACCCGCUCUACCCGCUACAAAGGAGCCCGUUCAUCAUCGACAUCAGCCUGCUGGUUGUGAUCCUGGUUUUCUCGUUUCUGGCUGUCAGUUUCCUGCUCAUUCUGCCGGGAAUACGUGGAAAAUCGAGACUGCUCUGGAUGUUCAGGAUAAUCAUCAGUAUAUUCACUGGAGCUGUUUUAGUCAUGCUGAAUUUUACUGGGGACUGGGCCGAAGCCAGCAUAAGGGCCAAUGCUACUUACAAAUCCUUCAGUAACGCAAUGGUAUCAGCUGAGGUGGGACUACAUGUGGGACUAUAUGGAAUUAACAUCACACUUAGAGGGGAGCCUGUAUCGCAGAUAAAUGAGACUAUAGACUAUAAUGAGAUCUUCAUGUGGUCAAGCAGCUUGGAUGACCAGUACGCUGAUGCCUUAGAGAGAGGUCUUCCCAACCCCAUCCUUUAUAUCGCAGAGAAGUUCACCCGCAACAGCGCAUGCGGACUGAUCUACCAGUACAGAUACUCGGGCCGCUUUGCCUCAGCCAAUCUCUGGACAGCUUUUUGCUGCUGGCUGGUGGCCAAUAUUCUCUUCUCAAUGCCCGUGAUCCUUUAUGCUGGCUACAUGAUGAUAGCCACGGCUGCUUUUAUCUUCUUCUCCAUGGCUUCCUUCUCAACGAUAUACAACCUGCCCCAGUGUAACUUCACUAUAGGUGCAGAGUCCUUCAGGACGGACUAUAGUCAGUCCUUUUGGAUCGCUUUCGCAACUGGUUUGCUGUGCACAGUGAUUGGCUUGUUAGUGGUGCUACUGGACUGUCUAUGUCCUGCGAGGAUAAGGGAAGCGUUCAGCGUGGACGAGGACACUGAGGAUGAGGAAUGUCACACCGGUGAAGGCUACAUUAACACAGGCUUUCUAGAGGGAGUGAUCUAUGAAGACAUCAUCUCAAUAGGAAACAGCAAGGAACCCCAGAUGAGGCUUUGA